AUGUCGCCUAUCAAUUUGAUAUUAUUUUUGUUUUUUAAUUUAAUUGAAUCGAAAAAUAAUAAAAACGUUUUAAGUUAUAUAAAUAAGAUCAAAAUUAAGAAAAAAACUGUUUUUUACUGUAGAUAUGACACAAGAGGAUGUAAUUGUAAAAGAAAAUGGUAUAUACCCAAAACCAGAGUUAAGAAAAGAUAUGAGCAUGAAUCUGAAAUUGAGUAUAGAUGUUGUGAAUGUAAAAGAUCCACAAAAGAAAAUAAAAAGUAUAAAAGAUUUUUAAUUAAAGGUAAAACUUUAAAAGAAUCUGCAAAUAAUUUUACUAAAAAUAGAAAGAAAAAAAGAAACGAAAAAAUUAAUUUACUUAGUUGUUGUUAUGAAAAUGAGGAUGUUAGGAAUAGAAAGAACGAAAAAAUACCUAAUUUGAAUUCUAAAAGCAAUCAUUAUAAAUUAGUGUUGGAUUUAGAUCACACCUUAGUUCAUAGUAAAGUUAAACUUGAUCCUGAUAAUAUUGAUAGAAAUGAGUAUAUUUAUGAGGUAACUGUCAGACCAGGGGUCGAUGAUUUUUUAAAUAAUAUUAAAGAACUAGGAUGGCCCACUGUUGUUUAUACCGCAGGUACAGAUUCGUAUGCUAAACAAAUAUUAGACCGUAUAGACCCUGAUAAUGUUAUAUCAAAAAUAUACCAUAGGGAACACUGUGAACCUAAAUGGAAUCACUAUGCCAAAGAUUUAAAAAACAUAGAUGAAAAUCAUUAUAAUUUAAUAGUUUUAGAUGACAAACAUGUUUAUAAAGAUCAACAAAAUGAACAAGUUUUUAAAAUACCACCCUUCUUCACAUGUAAUUAUGGCGAUGAUAGUGAAUUAGAAAAAGUAUUAAAAUCUUUAAAGUAUAUCAAUAAAGAAAAUGGGAAUUUUAGAAAAAUUAUUAAAGAUUAUAAUAAUAGCAAUAAGAAAGCAAUUUGUUAUUAA